AUGGCGCCCCCACCCGCGCUCGAAACGCCCCUUUGCAAGCUCCUGGGGAUCAAGUAUCCCAUCAUCCUGGCCGGCAUGGCGCGCACGUCGGGCGGGCCGCUGGCAGCGGCGGUAUCGAACGCCGGCGGGUUGGGGGUGAUUGGCGGGCUUGGUUACACCCCGGAGCAGCUACAGAGUAUCAUCGACGAAUUGAAGGCGAAUCUCGCGGACCCGUCUCUCCCGUUUGGCGUGGACCUGGCGCUGCCGCAGGUCGGCGGCUCGGCGCGGAAGACAAAUCACGACUACACGCGCGGCCAGCUGGACGCACUGGUCGACGUGACCAUCAAGAACGGCGCGAAGCUAUUCGUCUCGGCGGUCGGCGUGCCACCCGCGCGUGUCAUUGAGCGGCUCCAUGCAGCGAACAUUAUGGUUAUGAACAUGGUGGGCGCCCCUAAGCACGCGGUCAAGGCGCUCGAGGCCGGUGUAGACAUUGUGGCGGCGCAGGGAACAGAGGGCGGCGGCCACACGGGCGACAUCGCAAGCUCAAUUCUCAUUCCGGCCGUCGUUGACAUCGCGAAGCGCUACGGCGCAAUGGUCGUCGCUGCUGGCGGCAUCUACGACGGCCGCGGCCUCGCCUCUAGCCUCAUGCAGGGCGCCCAGGGCGUCUGGGUCGGCACACGCUUCGUCGCGAGCGAGGAAGCCGGCUGCUCGCGUCUGCACAAGCAGGCUGUCGUCGACGCCAGCUUCCAGGACACGCUACGCACGCUCGUCAUCAGCGGCCGUCCGCUACGCGUCAAGCUGAAUGACUACAUCGCACAGUGGGAGGCGCGCCCGGACGAGAUCAAAGCGCUGACCGAGCAGGGCGUUGUGCCGUUCGAGAAGGACAUGGAUGAGGGCAAGGACGUCGACAUGCCCUUCCUCAUGGGCCAGGUCGCCGGCAUCAUCAACGAUGUCAAGCCCGCCCGGGUCAUUGUCGAGGAGAUGGUCGGAGAGGCCGUGGAAAUGCUGAGGUUAGGCCAGAGCUACAUCCGGGGCGGCGGCGGGGAGAGUAAACUGUGA